AGUAAAGCUUUUUCUUUUUGUAACUUGACGUCGUGGGGAACAAUAUAAUCAGCUCUAGACUAUUGAGAUCCGCGAGCAUGGUGCAUAUCAAGGAAAUUCAUGAUAAAAGGCACAACUACUUAUGCGUUACUGACGAGGAGGAAGAUGAUCCUAAGUCUGGUACUUGGUUAACCAUUCGUUCUUCAUUGCGCCGUUUGGGGGGUACAAAACCCUCUUUUUGUACGAACUAUUUCCUGAGUGAGAUGUCCAAGAAGGCAGGACCCUUUAUAAAAGGCGGUUCCACAUUUUAUACUCUUAGAAACAGUCUUCAAGAAAAAUCGGCCACUGGUGAGUUGUAUCCUAUUCUCGGUCGUUCAAUCAUUUCUAAAUCAGUGAGGUGGGGGUCACAUGUUCAUAAACUCCAUGGAGAUUCUCGUUUUAUUGCGGGAUAUUGGGAGUGGACUGAAGAUGUUUUAUUUCGCUUUAAGGAAGUUCUUAUCGCAUGUUCAGUGUAUAAUGCUGUUUACGCUUCCCUAUAUUCCUAUUCCAAAGACCCAAAUGUAAUGCGCGCGUUUUGUGAGAGCUGGUGUCCUACUACAAACACGCUUCAUACUGUGGCUGGGGAGUUUUCUAUAUCACUUUGGGAUCUUUAUAGGCUUGGUGGCUUGCCUAUUGUUGGAGAGAUCUAUGAUGAAACAAUCCCUCUUCAUAACGAGUUAUUGAAACAAGAUGACCAAGGUAAUCGAGUCAUUUCCCGAGCUUGUGAUCAUUUAUAUGGAGUUUACCACUAUCUAGCGAAGUGACCUGAGUCUAAAAAGGGUGUGUUAGCUCGACAAUGGA